AUGUCCAGUACUGAAAAACAGUUGGAAGAGAUAAAAAGGCGAUAUGCCGAUUUACAAAAAUCCAUCGAUGAAAGCAAGAAAAGACUCAAGACAUUAGGAACAAUCAGUUCCGCUGGACAGAAGAAUCAUUACGCUAUUGCCAAGCCAUCUAUACCGGUAUUACACAGAAAGCAGAAAAUGUUAAAUGUCUGGUGCAAGAAGAAUGCAAGUGAAUAUAGACACAAGAACAGGAUCGACAUAGACGGCAGCAAGUACGUUGAGAUUAAAAAUGCCUCGAGGUUGGUUCCAGUGUCUCACUUGGAUGCUGGGGCUUGCGAUGAUGAAAAGAAAAUUACCAUAGAUAAUAGAGAAUACGUCAGACAGAAAACUGGUUCAUUUAAAUUGUUGGACAAAUCUAAAGAGAUUCAAGAACUCUGCAUUUAUUUCGUUACGACCGGAAAUUGUGCUCGCAAAAGCAGUUGCAGGUAUUUACACGAUGCCAACAUGAAAUCAUUAUGCAAAGAGUUUCUGAAAGGAACUUGCUACAAUGCUUAUUGUACAUUAUCUCACAAACCAACACAAUUUAAUUCACCUUCGUGCAAAUUUUACAACACUGGAUUUUGUUCCAAUGAAAAUUGCUCUUACACACAUAAGAAAGACUCUUCCGAAGCUGCCGUUUGUCGGCCUUUUGCAGUCAACGGGAUCUGUCCUGAUGGAAUGACUUGCAAGCUACGUCACGAAUUUAUAUGCCCAGAGUUCGAUGAGAGUGGAACAUGUCACAUACGGUUCUGUGCUCUUCCUCAUCCUUCAAAGAAGGCCCCCACCACUAAAAUGUUCAAUAAUGUGCGAAAUGAAGACAAUCAUGCCGAUAACAAGGCCCCUCUACGUGUUGAUACUACAGGUAACUCGGAGAAUUCAAAGCUUUGGAGCUCCGUCUCCAAAGGGCUUGAAUCUCUGCUACAUGAAACAAAUAAUCAUUCAAAUGAGCUCUCUGAUCUUUCCGAAGACUCGGACAGUGAACAAUUACCCCAAAAAUCUCUUGAAGGUCCUGAUGGACUAGAACACAACGACGACUAUGUUAAGAUCACAUAG